GAUUGUGACGUACUUUCGAUUCGAAAUAAUGCGGCUCGUUCGUUUCCGGUCCCUUUGUUUACUUCGAGCUAGCUAGAGUGAAAGUUUAGGCUACUUCAUCAUGAGUGUACGCAGAAAAAUAUUCAAGACGGAACAUUUUCAAAAACAGAUGAAGAAAUACUCCGAGCAUUGCUGUGUCCCACUUUGUUCGGCGUCAUCCAAGUUUAACGGCAUACUGAGUUUCCAUGGCUUUCCGACCCAUAACGACCUGAGAAGACAAUGGCUGGUAACCAUACGCCGGGAUCAUUUCACCAUCUCCUCUCACACUAAGGUCUGCAGCAGACACUUCUCCACUGAUCAGCUCAUAGAGCCAACAACGCUUAAUGGUCGAAAGAGGCUUGUUAAAGGCGCUGUACCGACGCUCUUUGAAUGGAAUGGCUAUACCAUUGAAACUCCACGGCGUAGUGUGUGGGAGAGAACAAAACGGCCCAUUGAACCAGUCCCUCCUGAGGAGCAAGAACAGCGCAUCGAUGGCACGAGGGAUCACGACUACUGCUCCGUCCCUGAACCGUCUGCACUGGACAUGUCCUCAUCAGCGGUAGAAAAUAUGUCUAAAGAAAGUGAGGAUCUGAGAACGGAAUUGCAGGAGUUGCGUGUCCAGCGAGCGCGUAAUGCCAUUUUCGCUAUGACACAAAGCAAAACCAGAAAGUGGUGCUGUGUACCUAUGUGUAAAAACAGUAAACAAAAACAGCCGUAUUUAAGCUUCCAUUGUUUUCCCGAGGAGAAGGACAGAAGGAGGAAAUGGGUUCAGGCCAUAAGAAGGGAGGAAGGUCCGUUGUUUAAAAUAACGAAGUCAACGCACGUAUGUAGUCUACAUUUUAAGGAGGGAGACGUGUAUCUAACUCCUGGUGGCAUCAACCGUGUGAGGGGCGAUGCGGUGCCUUGCCGUUUUCCGUGGGCGGACGGGUCUUCACACAAACGAUUCGUUUAUAAAAGAGAUAAGGCACGCCUUGGAUCUCAUGGUCGGGAGGUACCUUUAUGUAAGAUGGAAGAGGUGCGUGAAGAGAAGGCAGCCGUUACUGGUGUCUUAUCAGAUCAUGACUACCAUGCUCAGGCACCUCAAGGAACUGUCGAUUCAGUCAAGGAAGAAUCUUCUCACUGGAGUGACGGCCAGAGCCUUUGCUAUGACAAUGCUGAAAUAAUAUCCGUGCUCAUCAAGGAGGAGGAAAUUGAGGAAGAGAUUGCUGAACCGGACCCUGUUGUCACAGUGCCCAAAUUGGAGCCCAGUGAUAAAGAAGAGGAGGAAGACAGCAGACAGACCGCGCACCCAGAAAAGUGCAGAUUGCGGGGCGGCCUUUAGACGGUUGUCCAGCCUGCGGCUGCGCCGGCACGCUCAUGCUGGGGAGGAGCGCUUCGUUUGCACGCAGCGCGAAAAGAGUUUCAGCAGGCUCACGAAGUGGCUCACGCCGGCAGGAAGGAGCGUGGCUGCGACCGGUGCGGAAAGACCUUCGGCCGCCGGGCGCACCUGAAAGCGCACGCGCGCCUGCACACCGGUGAGAGGCCCUACUGCCGCGCGGCGUGCGGGAAGAGCUUCCACAAGUCCGGGAGCCUGAGGGCGCACGGGGGGGGGGGGGGGAGGCCCUACGGCUGCCCCGAGUGCCGGAGGGGCUUCGCCUGACGCCUCGGACCUGAGGAUCCACCGCAGGAUCCACACGGGGGGGGUGGGGGGAGAAGCCCUACCACUGCGGCGACUGCGGCAAGAGCUCCCGCCAGAGAGGGCCAGCUCGGGGUGCACCAGCGCUAGCACACGGGGGCAUGCCCCUUCGGCUGCCCCGAGUGCCUGAAGAGCUUCCGCCAGAGGGGGCAGCUCAGAGUGCACCGGCUGUACCGCGCCGGUGAGAGGCCCUUCUGCUGCCUGGAGUGCGACAAGAGCUUUGUGGAGCUGGGCAGCCUGAGGCGGCAUCAGCGGGUGCACAGGGAGAAGGUGCCCCGCUGCGGCGGGUGCCACGUCACCUUCAAGCGGCCGGAGCGGCUGGACCGGACUGGCACCGGCGUCUCCACGCGGCCCGGCCGCGACUCCUUCGCCUGCUCCCUCUGCAGAGAGAGCUUCCGCAGCCCCUACAAGCUGAGGGUGCACGUGCUCGCCCCCACACCGGGGAAGAGGCCCUACCUGCUGCUGCCCCGCGUGCCCCAAAGCCUUCCUCACCAAGUCUGACCUCAGCCGCCACCUGCGCGUUCACACCAGAGACAGGCUGCUGCAGCAGCAGGCGCAGUGACGCACGGAGCUGACUGGCUAUUCAUGUCCAGACCUGAAUGUUGCACUGUGGUGAUUUCACCUGCACAUUGUUCUACAUGUUCAAUUAUUUGUUUUUGUUUUUUUAAAAAGAUGGUGAUUGACAGUACAUUUUCUGUGUUUGAUCAUAUGUUAAUGGUGCUUUUGACCAAGACAAAUACGAGUCCCCAAAGACUGCAGUAAAUGCACUUUUACUGUGCAAGAUUUUUAACCUUGUUUUGGUCCUGUGUUUACAGUCAAAGAGGUGUUCUCCUGCAUGCUUAACCCAGCCCACUCACCUCCUUUUUUAUAUUUUAUAUACGUAUUUUGCCUUUUUAUUUUAAUAUCUGCAUUUUUUAUAGCUGCCAACAUCGAGGAAAAGUAAUUCCAACAGAAAAUUGUCACUCAGAGAGAGGGAUAUCAAAAUGUUCUGGAACACCAAAUGACAUUAAACUUUCCCAAAAGUGGGUAACCAACAAA